UCCAUUGCCAUCGCCGCUUGUUUCCUCCUCUCUUCUUCUGCGAGUCGAAGCCCUCCGCUUUCCAUUCUUUUGCCCCUGCAAUUGAACACUCAUUCCCAUCCAAUACCAAAAAUAGGAGCUUUCUGCCCUUGGAUUGAUUCAAAUUCCCGACCUUUAUAAACCCUCCACCCGCCAAAACCUCCCUCCUCUUUAUCUUCGUCUCUGCCUUCAAGCCGAUCGAAUUCUACCCCUUUUUUUUUCCAGUUUCGAAUGGUGAAUUCCUGCUUGCUUUUUGUUCGGAGUGGAUGUCUCUUAUAUCCCCCUUCGUAAAUCCGCAAUCUUGAUACGUUCUUCACUUGCCGGAUCACUGCGUCGCACUUGGCAUUAAGAAAAGGGUUUGAAGGUAGAAAUUCUUUUAUUUGAAUUGAUGAUUAAUGGCAAAACAUGAACUUGUGCUUGGUCAGAACCCGGAUUUAGCUCUAGGCCAGAGCCAUGACCUUGUCAUUGGGCAAAGCCAAGGUUUAGGGAUUAGUCACAGGCAUGGCCUUGGCCUUGGACAUGCUCAUGAAGAUGAUCUUGGUCUAAGUCAGGGACAUGAACACAGUCUUGUUUCAGGACAUCAUCAUGAUAGUAGGCUUGUUUUGGGUCACCACCAUCAUGAUUCUCAUGAUGAGGAACACGACCGAGACCAUGAUUACAGCAGUGAACUUGCUCUUGGGCAGAACCAUGUAGCACAUCUUCUCACCAGUCAUAACCAUGAGCUAGUCCUUUCUGACAAUCAUGAUUUGACUCUUGCCGAGACCCAUGACCUUGCUGUUGAGCCCAACCUUGAGCAACUUUCGAUCGAGCAAGGUCACGAGCUUGCCCUCCAGCCAGCUCUUGACAUCUCACAGUCUCAGUUGGUGGUGUCUCCUGUGUUACAGACUCGUAUAAUCGUGAAUGCUAACCAUGAGCUCCAUGUUGGACAGGAAUUCCCUGAUGUCAAUAGCUGCAGAAGGGCUUUAAGAUGUGCAGCCAUUGCCUGUCAUUUCGAGAUACAGACAGUUAAAUCUGACAAAACUCGAUUCACCGCAAAGUGUGCAGCAGAGGGCUGUCCAUGGCGCAUUCAUGCUGCAAGGCUCCCUGGUGUGCCCACCUUCACAAUUAGGACCAUCAAUGAGAAUCACACCUGCAUUGGGAUCAACCAUCUUGGCCAUCAGCAGGCUUCUGUUCAGUGGGUUGCAAGUUCUGUCGAGGAGCGCCUUCGUGAAAAUCCACAAUACAAGCCUAAAGAGAUACUGGAAGAGAUUCACCGGGUUCAUGGAAUCACCUUGUCCUACAAGCAGGCAUGGAGGGGGAAAGAGCGAAUCAUGUCUGCCGUUCGAGGAUCAUUUGAGGAAGGGUACCGUCUUCUUCCUGAAUAUUGUGAGCAGAUUAAAAGAACAAAUCCUGGAAGCAUUGCAUCUGUGUAUGGAAACCAAGAAGAUAACUGCUUCAAGCGCCUUUUUGUAUCAUACUAUGCUUCAAUACAUGGUUUUGUGCAUGCUUGUCGCCCCUUAAUCGGCCUUGAUAGGACCCUUCUUAAAAGCAAAUAUCUUGGUACAUUGCUUUUAGCCACUGGAUUUGAUGGAGAUGGUGCACUCUUCCCUCUUGCUUUUGGUAUUGUGGAUGAGGAAAGUGAUGAUAACUGGAUUUGGUUCUUGUCCGAGCUUCAUGCUCUACUUGAGAACAACACAGAGAACAUGCCAAGGCUCACAAUCUUGUCAGAUAGGCAGAAAGGAAUUGUUGAAGGAGUGGAUUUCAAUUUCCCAACUGCCUUCCAUGGUUUCUGCAUGCAUCAUCUUAGUGAGAGUUUUCGAAAAGAGUUUCCUCAUCAUGCAAAUCUUGUCAAUCUCUUGUGGGAAGCUGCUCAUGCUCUUACAGUCAUUGAUUUCGAAGCCAAGAUACUGGAGAUUGAAGAAAUCUCUCAGGAAGCUGCUUACUGGAUCAGAAGGAUCCCUCCAAGGCUCUGGGCAACCGCCUAUUUUGAGGGAACAAGGUAUGGACAUCUCACUGCAAAUAUAGCAGAAUCCCUCAACAGUUGGCUCUUAGAAGCAUCUGGCCUUCCCAUUGUUCAAAUGAUGGAGUGCAUAAGGAGGCAGUUGAUGACCUGGUUCAAUGAGCGUCGAGAGAUGAGCAUGCAAUGGUCUACCAUCUUAGUUUCCUCUGCAGAGAGGCGUGUAUCAGAAGCCAUUGAAAGAGCACAGGGAUACCAAGUUGGCAGAGCAAAUGAGGCAGAGUUCGAAGUGGUUUCUGCUCAUGAGGGAACCAAUAUUGUAGACAUUCGUAACAGAUGUUGUCUUUGUCGUGGAUGGCAACUCUAUGGUUUGCCUUGCGCUCAUGGUGUCUCAGCUCUUCUGUUUUGCAGGCAGAAUGUCCAUAGAUAUGCUGAGAGUUGUUUUACUGUGGCAACUUAUCGCAAGACUUACUCUCAAACCAUCCAUCCAAUUCCUGAUAGAAGCUUAUGGAAGGAACUGUUAGAAGGGCCACAAGAUCAACUAGAUAUUAUUAUAAACCCACCAAAAUCCCUCAGGCCACCGGGAAGACCUCGUAAGAAGAGAGUUCGUGCCGAGGACCGUGGUCGUGUGAAGCGAGUUGUUCAUUGCAGCAGGUGCAAUCAAACAGGUCAUUUUCGAACGACAUGUUCUGCUCCUCUAUGAUGAAUUUGGAGCUCUUCUUACAGUCCAGAUCCUCUGGUUUGUUUUAUUUUCAUGCCAUUAUGGGUUUCCUUCUUUACCUGAUGCGUUUGAACUUGUAGAGAUGCUUAUGUGGUAUAGCUUUUAAGGUUUGUCACUGCAGCUGCUUCAGGUACAUGUCAAAUAUAGCUAUUGUAGAGCAUAAUUUUAUGUAUUCAUGAGGGGUUUUGAGUGUAUGAACUUGGUCUUGGCGUGAUUUGUUCUUACUUCAUGUGCUCAGCUCUUAUAAUAUUAUUAGCCAUGUUUGGUUUUGCUUCAA